CAACAUCAACGGGACGACGAAGGCCAGCCAUUGCCGCCGCACACCCACCAUGGCGCUCUUCGCUCGCACCCUCCGCGCCUCGCUGCCCUCCGCCCGCCCCGCGCUGCAGAGCGCCAGAGGGCUCACCACCGUAUCGCACACCCUGGAGACGGGCAACGUGCCUGACGCCCUCCUCCACUCCAACCAGCACACCUCCUCGAACCUCGAGCAGAAAGUCGACUCCCCGCCCGCACCACCACACACACCGCCGUCCCCAGCAGCCCCCGCAGCCCCGAACGCCCGGCAGGACGUCGUCGCCACGCACCUCACCCCGUCCAUCCGCCAGCUGCUGCCGCUCCUCACCUCCCAACCCGCGCACUACAUCACCGCCCACAUCCACGGGCGCCCCUACCUCCUCACGCCGGGCGACACCCUGCGUCUGCCGUUCCUGAUGCCCAACGUGGAAGCCGGCGACGUGCUGCGGCUCAACCGCGCGACGCACAUCGGCUCCAGAGACUACACCUUGAAGGCGCCAGCCGCAAUCAAGGGGACUGCGGACCACGGCAAGAUUGUGCACUACCUGGAUGAGAGGUUGUUCACCUGCCGGGCGACGGUGGUGGGCGUGGAGAGCGAGCCGAUGCGCGUCAUGGAGAAGACGAAGAGGCGGCAGAGACAUGUGAAGCACGUGUUUAGUAAGCACAAGUAUACCGUGUUGAGGGUGGGCGAGGUCGAGGUCAAGACGUUGGAGCAGUAUGAGGAGGCGUUGAAGAAUGAUGGGGAUGCGUGACGAGGUGGGCGAUUGGAUCUGGAGGGAGGGCUGCUGGAAGAGGGGAAGCAUGGAUCGAAGGGUAUACUGGAUGUACAAUAUGUGACGAUAGAGGAUCGCAUUACAUGGAGGACUUGUCUCGAUAUACGGAUGGACGGGAAACGGGCGCUUCUGUACUAUAUCAACCGAUCCAUCGGCGGUCAUGCCGUUUCGCAUCAUCUCUUCUUAUUCCAUGAGGUCGUCCGGAAUGGUCAUGGUGGGUCAUUCGCUAUGCUUUGUCGAUGUUCAUCCACCGAGUAUGUCAUCCAGAGCCGGCUUUGUCAUCAUAGCUUUUGUCUGUCCAUUCGCUAAGGGCAGCAAAGCUUAGACAUGGGCUCGUACAACGAGCACUAGAGACUUGUUGCACCCACGCACAUUCCUCAGUGCACCGUCUGCGCAGCGUAGA